AGAACAUGUUUUACUUUGAAAGUCGUAAGCGGAAGUCUCUGUUGUCGCGUGUACCUUGACUCCAUCUUGACACCUUCACUGAUGUAACUUGGAGGAGCCAGCAGAUUAAACUGGUUCAAACCGGUGUAAAGUGGUGUUUUAGUUGCUGUCAGCGUGCUGUUGUUGGAGGUCAGCGGGUCCACAGUUGAAACUUGUCCGCCGUGCAGAUGCUUUCCCCAGGCAGGACCGUCACCUCCCGGCUGCUCAGGCCGGGGUCUUGGCUCCCUCUCCGGAUGGGCUCCGACGGGAGAGCUGCCAGCUCUCUGCAGAAAGAGCUGAUAAAGAAACAUGAACUGGAGAGAGACGAGUUCCGGCCCCUCUACAUGGACUUCCAGGCCACCACGCCCAUGGACCCCAGAGUGCUGGACGCCAUGUUGCCCUACCAGGUGAAUUACUACGGUAACCCUCACUCCAGAACACACGCCUAUGGCUGGGAGAGUGAGAGCGCCAUGGAGACCGCCAGGAAGCAGGUGGCUGAUCUGAUUGGAGCAGAUCCCCGAGAGAUCAUCUUCACCAGCGGAGCCACCGAGUCCAACAACAUGGCAAUCAAGGGCGUGAGCAGGUUCUACCAGGCCAAGAAGCGUCAUGUGAUCACCACGCAGACGGAGCAUAAGUGUGUUCUGGACUCGUGUCGAGUUCUGGAGGCCGAAGGAUUCGACAUUACGUACCUGCCUGUCCAGACGAACGGACUGCUGGAUCUGGAGCUGUUGGAGGCCUCCAUUCGUCCUGAAACCUCUCUGGUGUCAGUGAUGACCGUCAACAACGAGAUCGGAGUCAAGCAGCCCAUCAAAGAGAUCGGUCAGAUUUGUCGUUCCAAAGGAGUCUUCCUCCACACCGACGCCGCCCAGGCCGUCGGAAAGAUUCCCAUCAACGUCACUGACUGGAAGGUCGACCUGAUGUCCAUCAGCGGUCAUAAGAUCUACGGACCCAAAGGUGUGGGUGCUCUGUACGUGCGCCGUCGGCCCCGUGUGCGUUUGGAGCCACUACAGAACGGGGGCGGGCAGGAGAGAGGGCUGCGCUCCGGCACCGUCCCCACCCCACUGGCUGUUGGGCUGGGAGCCGCCUGCAGCAUCGCUCAGCAUGAGAUGGAGUAUGAUCAUCACAGAGUGUCCAUGCUGGCUAAUCGUCUGGUCCAGAAGAUCAUGUCUGAGAUUCCUGAUGUCAUCAUGAACGGAGAUGCAGAGCAACGCUACGCUGGCUGUGUCAACCUGUCCUUUGCCUAUGUGGAGGGAGAGAGUCUGUUGAUGGCACUGAAGGAUGUUGCUCUGUCAUCGGGGAGCGCAUGCACAUCGGCGUCUCUGGAGCCGUCAUACGUCCUGAGAGCAAUCGGAGCAGAUGAAGACCUGGCUCACUCUUCCAUCAGGUUUGGUAUUGGCAGAUUCACCACAGAAGAAGAGGUGGACUACACCGCAGAGAAAUGUAUCCAGCAGGUCCGCAGACUCAGAGAGAUGAGUCCUCUGUGGGAGAUGGUUCAGGAAGGCAUUGAUCUGAAGAGCAUCAAGUGGACGCAGCACUAGACUCCUCCCACUUCCUGUCCACUUCCUGGCUGAUGACAACAAUAACGAUGACAGUGAUUUCCAGGAUUUUUUUGGCUUAGACCAGCUUUUCCUUCCUGUACACAAUCACGCACAAACUUCCUGUCCGACUUGAAGUCUCUUUGUAGCUGUAACUCUUUGUCUCUGUUGAAGCUCCUCCAGUUGCUGUGUCGGGAGAUGUUACUCGGAGAGUUGACCAGCGCUUGGCGACCUCCGCUUGUUGUAUGAAUUCUGUUGUAAAUCAGUCAGCUCGUUGCUUCGUGUCUCGACUGGGUCUUGUAUCACAAACUUGUCUUAGUCUGACUCUCUUUGGGUUACGUGGGUUUCACUGAGUCUUAACACGAUUGAUCCUGAUGACUGGUAUCAUGGUCCUCAAUUACAGCCAGUCACAUGUAACAUCAUCAGAACCAUGAGGGCAUUACUUGUUAUGACAUGAGAUGAAACAAUGAUACCUGAUGCAGUAAAAAGUGAUGAGAUAAGAUAUAUAUAUCACAUAACCAAACAAAUAC